CUAAGCGUUGCUGUCAUGCACCACGGUUUGCCAGCGGGCCAGCAGGACACAGAGACAGCAGGGGUGUGCAGCUCGCUCUUCUGCCCACAUACUGAAGCGGGGAGCCGAGAGGAGAGAGAGUGUGCGGGAUGAUUGAGACCAUUAGUGAAUGGUUCUGGUGGGACCGCCUUUGGCUGCCCUUCAACCUCACGUGGACAGAUCUAGAGGACAAGGAUGGGCGUGUCUAUGGCAAGGUGUCAGACUUGUAUAUCACCUUGCCCUACUCAAUGGGCUUCCUCAUCAUUAGAUACAUAUUUGAAAGGUUUGUGGCCACACCGUUGGCAGCCUUCCUAGGUCUGAGAGAGAAGACCAAGCAGAACGUGGAAUACAAUGCCAUCCUGGAGCAUUACUAUGCAUCACGGUCUAAAACCCCAGGAAAGGUGGAUAUCACGGGCCUGUCCAAGAAAUGUGGCUGGUCCAGCCGACAUAUGGAACGCUGGUUCAGGAGGAGACGCAACCAGGAGCGCCCUGGGGUCCUUAAAAAGUUCAGGGAAGCCAGCUGGAGAUUUGUAUUCUAUGUAGGGGCCUUCAUUGGUGGCAUUGUAGCCCUGUAUGAUAAACCCUGGUUUUACAAUUUAAGAGAAGUUUGGACUGCCUAUCCUAAACAGUCAAUACUGGAGUCCCAGUACUGGUACUACAUACUGGAGAUGAGCUUCUACUGGUCACUCCUUUUAAGCAUCACGUUUGAUGUGAAAAGAAAGGAUUUCAAGGAACAAAUCAUUCAUCACCUAGCCACACUGACCCUACUGGCAUUUUCCUGGUGUGCAAACUACAUCCGUGUCGGAACACUAGUCAUGCUUGUCCACGACUCCUCUGACGUGUUUUUAGAGUCUGCCAAGGUCUUAAACUAUGCCAAGUGGGAAAAGACCUGCAACAGCCUGUUUGCUCUGUUCGCUGUUGUGUUCAUGGUCACCAGACUCAUCAUUUUUCCAUUUUGGAUCAUCCACUGUACAUGGGUCUACCCACCAGAUCACUAUCCUGUAUUCUUUGGCUAUUACUUUUUUAAUGCUAUGCUUGGCAUCCUCUUGAUGUUGCACAUAUUUUGGGCCUACCUGAUUGUCAGCAUGUUGAAGAAGUUACUCUUUGGCAGCUUAACCAAAGAUGAGAGAAGUGACAACGAAGAAGAGGAAGAUGAUGAAGACAACAGCAUGUUUGAGGAUGAUGAUGAUGAUGGCUACCUAAAAGUUACCAAUGGCUGUGGAGGGAGAGGCGGGGAGAACCAUCACUAGUGAAUGGGCAGUUUCCCCGAUUCCCAUUGUGACUGAAGGAACUUAUGAAGUUGUUUAUUUAUUUGUUUGUUUUAUUUUGUUUGUUUUACUCCACCUCCCCACCCCCCACCCCCCAGCUGGGAAAACCAUGCUUCAGGCACUCAGACCCACAUUUGAUUAAUUACCAUUGAGAACAAGCCAGAGAUCUGAAUGAAACGCUCUCGUGUCUCUUGAGAGUGUACUUGCAAAAUGCAAACAAGUACUUGUAGUCUUUCACUCAGUGCCAGCAUAGACUGGUUUCAUUGGCUCCUUCAGUAUGGCCACGCCCCCUCUCUGGCCUGCAAAACAGGCAAGAACAGAGAAG